CGCGACGGUUAGAGCUAACACCAUGGUUAGAAAAACAAGAAGUGAUAAAAAAAAUACAAUCUGUAAACGUUGUGGUCAUGAAUGCUCAACACUCCAAAAACUUCGUGAGCAUCUUAAGCGAAAAAAUCUAUGCAAACCAUUACAAAAGCAAAAGGAAGUAGCUUCUAUUCAAACGCCAAUUCAGGUGCCUAUUCAAAAAGCUAACCUACAGGCUAUCCAAGCUCCCGAAAUCAAAGCACAGGUAGAAAGCUCUAGUGUAAAUAUGAGCAACAAGGAGAAGCCACAUGUGGUAAUCCCAACUCUAGUUCCUGAGCUAGAACCCGAAAAGGAAGCUCCAGUACUUGGUGUCGACUACAUCACAGAAGAGGAGGCAAAGAACUGGGUCAGUCCAAAUGCACGUAAACCCAGAGAGCGAAUUAAGACAUGGGGAGCAAGAUUGCAAAAACGUUGGAAAGAAUUAGAUCUGGGUGUUGAGCCAAAUGAGGCAAGUGAUCUUGAACUAAAUGAUCCAGAGGCAGUUCGCCUACCGACAUUAAAAGAGUUAGCGUCUGAAGGCGGUCCUAGACCUAAAACACAAUCAUUUAGGAAAGGUAAUAAAUCUAAGAAUUUGAUCAAUAAAGAAUUUGAGCGCUUAGGAGAAAUUAAGGGGGACGAAAGGUCAGAGAAGGAUUUAGAAUUUAGGGAACAAGAAGAAUUGGGAACAGCGGUUAAAAGAAGAGCUAUAGCCGUACAUCGUGCAAAAGUUCCCAAAUCCUAUCCAGAUAAUGGAAACGAUAUACGAAAAAUGUUAGAAAGCCGAAGAAAACAGUUUAGAGAAAUACUUGAAAAGGAAUUCGAUAAGCGUGGACAAUUUAAGUUCGCUCUAUGUUCUCUUACUAAAUUUCUUAUAGAUGAUAAACCUGGGAAUGAAAAACAGGGAAAAAAGAAUUCACGAACUGACUGGCUUAGAAAUAAGCAAAUUAUAGUUUAUAAUAGAGAUGAAAUAGAUGAUUACUUAAGCAAUGCUUUCGAACAAAUCCUAUACCAAGUGGAGGAGAGAGGAGGUAAAUCUAAUGCUUGA